UCAGUCUGCGCUGAGUGCACGUUUGGCCGUUGCGCUCAGGGCAGCGGUUACCUUGUCACAGCAAUGAGCUGCGCGGGGGCGGCGGCGGUUCGCUCCCUGUGGCGGCUGCGCACGGGCGCCCUGCGGCCUCUCCCAGCUUAUGGAAGAAGAAUCAGUGUCAGAUUUUACAGUUCAGGAAUGACCUUAGACAAUAUCAAUUGGGCAGCUGUGGAUCGAAUAAUCCGGGUGGAUCAUGCAGGUGAAUAUGGAGCGAACCGAAUCUACGCAGGGCAGAUGGCCGUCCUGGGUCGGACAAGUGUCGGGCCAGUCAUUCAGAAAAUGUGGGAUCAAGAAAAGGACCACUUGAAAAAGUUCAACGAGUUGAUGGUUGCAUUUAGGGUGCGGCCCACCAUUCUGAUGCCCUUCUGGAACGUGGUGGGGUUUGCACUGGGUGCGGGAACCGCCCUGCUUGGGAAGGAGGGAGCAAUGGCCUGCACUGUGGCUGUGGAAGAGUCUAUAGCACAUCACUACAACAACCAGAUCAGGACGUUGAUGGAGGAGGAUCCUGAAAAAUAUGAGGAACUUCUUCAGGUGAUAAGGAAAUUUCGGGAUGAAGAGCUCGAGCACCAUGACAUAGGCCUUGAACAUGACGCACAGCUGGCUCCAGCAUAUGCUGUUUUGAAGAGCGUUAUCCAGGCCGGAUGCCGCGUGGCAAUAUAUUUAUCAGAAAGGUUUUAAACCCAGCUUUCUCAUCUUCAAAUAUCCACCUGCCAGCCGGUCCCCUCCAUUUGGAAGUCAGAGAGAAUCUCAAGUUCCAUGUGCCCCAAGCAGAACUCCUCGACCCCCACCCCACCAUUCUGACGCCCCAGUGGCCUUCCUUAUCACAGUUAAUAGCCGCUCCAUCCUUCUGGUCCUCAGGCCAAAAAAUCUCUGGAGUCACCUUUGACACCUGCUCUUAUCACACCCCCAUCCAGUCAGUCAGGACAUCCUGCAGACUCUACCAAAUCCUUUUUGCUGCCUCAGCUGCUGCCACUCAGGGCCCAACCACCCUCAUCUCAGCUGGGUUAUUUCAGAAGCCUCCUAACUAUUCUUCCUGCCCUGCCUGGCCUCCCACAAUCCAUUCUCAACCCAGCAGUCAGAGUGAUCCUUUGAACCAGAAGCCAGACCUUGUUACUGUUGCUCAGCUCAGAACCUGCCCCCCCCCCCCCCCAAGUGGUUUAUCCCACUUUCCUCAGCACAAAAGUCAAAGUCCCUAAAAUGGUCUCUAAGAACCCGCAUGAUCUGGUCCUCUGGCCACUUCCUUCUUCCUCAGUCUGCUCCGGCCACACUGGCCUCCUUGCCAUUUCUCAAAAUACCAGGCACCGUCUUGUCCUAGGGCAUUUGCAGUGGCUUCUCUUUCUGCCUGCAAUGCUCCUUCCUGUAUAUCUGCAUGGCCAGAUCCCUCACCAGCUCUUGGAUUUUUGCUUGAUGUCACCUUUUAACCAGCUGAGCCACCCAGGUGCCCUAUUGAUGUCACCUUUUAAAGGAGGUCCUCCCUGACCACCUUUUCCAGAACUGCAAACCCCACCCUACUGCUUGCCUCAUCCCACUUGCUCAGCUCUUGCAGUUUUUCCCCGCAACACUUACCGCCUUCUGACAUAUUACAUGAUGUAUUUAGUUAUUUAUUUUUGUCUGUUUCUCCCUGCAAGAGUGUAAGCUCUCUGUAGGGCAGGAAUCUUUGUUUUAAUCACUGACCCAUAAUAGGUGAUCACUAGAUAGUCUUCACUGGGAUUGAAUGAAGAAAUAGCUCUCCCUUGUUAGAAGUCAUUUUCACAUAACCAGUAAUGUAAGAAUUCAAGACUAUAUGCUUCGCAGCAAAAUUCAGUACAGAUUUAUUGAAAAGAUGCUACUGGGCCAGGCUGGGCUCCUGGGUUCUGGGUCCAUACCAUAUGAUUUGCUAUAAAACUCCAAAUCUUCCAGCCAAAAGGAAAAAAAAAAAAAAAAGACGCUACCAAGAAACUCAAGGCCAUUCUCUUUUUAAAAUUUUUUUAAUGUUUAUUUUUGAGAGAGAGCACAAGUGGGGGAGGGGCAGAGAGAGAGAAGGAGACAGAGAAUCCAAAACAGGCUCUGAGCUAUCAGUGCAAAGCCCAGCAUAGGGCUUGAGGUCAUGAACUGUGAGAUCAUGACCUGAGCUGAAGUCGGAUGCUCAACUGACUGAGCCACCCAGGCACCCCUUUUAUCUAUUUAUUUAUUUUAAUGUUUAAAAGGCCAUUCUCUAUGCUUCUUGCUGAUGAUUAAACAAACUAACAAACAUGCAAAAGAAUGAGUUUGGACCCCUGCUUCACAGUAUAUAUAUAAAAAUGAACUCAAAUGGAUUAAAAAUCUAAAUAGUAAUGCUAAAACACAUAGAAGAAGACAUAAGAGUAAAUCUGUGUGACUGUGGAUUAGAUUAGUUUUCUGCAUAGGAUGCCAAAAGCAUAAAGCAACAAAAGAAAAAAACAGAUAGAUUGGACUUAAUCAAAAUAAAAACUUUGGUGCUUUCAAAGAAUACUAUCACGAAGGUAAAAGACAACCCAAAGAAUGAGCAAGAAUGUUUGCAAAUCAUAGAUCGGAUAAGGGAUUUGUAUUUAGACUAUAUAAAGAACGCUUUAACAACUCAACGAUAAGAGCCCAAUUAAAAAUAGGCAAAGGAUUUGAAUAGAUGCAUCUUUAAAGAAGACACAGGCCACUAGCAUUUGAAAAGAGGUGUAAGAUCAUUAGUCAUAGGGAAAACCACAAUGAGAUACCACUAGUGUGGCCAGUGGGUAGUGUGGCGCUGCUCAAAUAGUGGAAAAUAACGUGUUGGCAAGGGUGUAGAGGAAUUGGAUCUGCACACACUGCAAUGGACACGUGAAGUGGUGCAGCCCCCUUUGGAAAACAGUCUGGCAGUUCCUCAGACAGUUAAAUACGGAGUUACCAUGUGACACGGUGACGCCUCUCCUAGGUAUAAACCCCAAAGCAAUGACAGCAUAUAUUCAAACAAAUACAUAUUCACGAAUGAUUGUGGCAAUGUUAUUCAUAAUAGCCAAAAAGUGGAAACAAUCCAAAUGUUCACCAGCUGAUGAGUAGAUGAGCAACAUGUAGCCUAUCCAUACGAUAGAAUAUAAACUGGUCAUAAAAACCCUUCAAAACAUGACGUUUGGGUACAAAGUUUCAGAAUGGAAAGAGGAAAAUAGUGAAAGCAGAUGGUGGUAUGAAUGUACUUACUGACACUGACCUCUACACAUAAAAAUGGUUAAAUGAUAGGGAUGCCUGGGUGGUUCAGUCACUUAAGUGUCCGACUCAUGACUUUGGCUCAGGUCAUGAUCUCACAGUUGAUGAGUUCAAGCCCCACAUCGUGCUCUGUGCUGACACUGUGGAUCCUGCUUGGGAUUCUCUCUCUCUCUCUCUCUCUCUCUCUCUCUCUCUCUGUCUCCCUCUCUCUGUGCCCCUCCCAUUUGCACUGUCUCUCAAAAUAAAUAAAUAAAAACUUAAAAUGUUUAAAUGAUGUUAUGUAUAGCUUACCACAAUUUAAAAAAAAAAAAUGCUAAGUGAAGGAAGCCAGACACAAAAGGCUAAGAUUGUAGGAUUCUGUGUAUAUGAAAAUGUUCAGCAGAGGCAAAUCCAUAGUGACAGAAAAUAACCUAGUGGUUGCCUAGGGUUGUAAAGAAUGGCGGGACACGAGGACCAAUUGCUUUUGGAUACAGUUUCUUUUUGGGGUGAUGAAUGUUCUAGAAUUAGCUGGUGGUGGUGGCUGUACAACCUUGUGAACAAAUUUUUAAAAACUGCUGAAUUGUACACUUUAAAAUGGUGAAUUUUAUGGAAUGUGAAUCAUAGCAAUAAAAAAUAGACAAUUUAUAGUUAUUUAUAGUUUUAUGCCGCAUUUGAAAGCCAAUUUCAAUCUAGUCUGUUGAAUGGGGGAACGAUUUCCUUAACGUGCCACCCUUCUGUAGCCUGUAGAAGCCUCAAUCUUCUGAGAUGCUCUUGCUGUUUCUUGCCCUCCCAUAUCAAAGCUAAUUCUGUAAGUAUUGCAGUCAGGAUUCUUAGUCAUAUAAAGACAUUUUGUACAAU